UAUCAUUUCACGUUUCUACACUUCUCAGCCUUACUUUGCGGUUCACCGCUCUUGAAGUAACUGUUAAGUGCCUAUCGUCCUUCGUCCUGAUCUGGUCAGUGUUUCGAUUGAUUAUAAAGAAAGUUUGGUGUUUUUUAUAGUGAUUUUUUGUGGAUUCCCCUUCGCAUCGCACUUUCCUUCUUCGUUGUUAAACUAAAAAGCAAAAAAUUAGCGAACAAAAAGUGGAAAAGUUCGAGCAGGAGUAGACAGAAUAAUAAUCUUUGUGUGGUUAUUGUGCGGAGGAGGUCAAAUAAAUGAUAUAAAAUCUGGUAUCAAUAAGAAUAGAGAGAGAGAGAGAGUGAAAUAGUAAAAGAUGGCAUACUCAAUUCCGGAGUCACAAGUUGUGACAAUAGUUCUCAUAGGCCUCAGCGCUUUCUUGACGCCUGGCGGUGCACAAUGUCCAUCAUUCCGUCAGUUUUUCUCAAGUUGCAAAAUUGGAUCUCCAAAAUUUGACAAGUGCUUGGCGAAAGCUUUGAAUGACGUACGACCCUGCUUAAAAUAUGGUGAUCCUAGCUUGAAUAUACCGAUUUUGGAACCAAUCAGCUACGGUCCUAAGCCUGUCCAUGAAAAUAUUGACUUGAUGUUCUUGAAAGCUCAAGUGGACUUAUUUAACAUUGUAGAAUACGCUUGGGCCAACUCCACUUAUCUCAAUACCAAGACCAGUCUCCAAGAUCAGAAAAUAGACAUCUACCAAUGGUUGCCCUACAAAGUUCUGUGGGGAGAUAUGUACGUUUAUGCAGAGAUGCCAGAUUGGAAAGCCAACCGAACUGUGCAGUGGAGCGUUGAGUUGUUUGAUGUCAAACAAAGGACCUCAAUCAAGAAAGUAAAGAGCACGAACAAACUCCAAGUGUCGCUGAAUCUUUUAUCUAUGAGAGACGUCAAAUUUCAGCUGAUAAAUGCUAUUUAUGACAAGGAUUUUGAAAUGAUGUUUAAUACGCUGCUACAUCGAUAUUGGCGCCUUGUUUUCGCAGUGCUCAAACCCGCAAUUUACAAUUUAAUCAAUGCGGUGCAAACGAACCUAGCCAAUGAUGUCUAUCCAGAGCUCAAGCUGGAGGAGUUAUUUCAGCCGAUGUAGAGAAAGCUUACUGUAUCAACUUGAUCAUAGUCACUGCCCGAUACUUCUCUUCUUCGUUGUAAAUUUUGAAUAAUAAGUUGUAAUAAAGUACUUCGUUGUAAAUAAGUAGGAUACAUUUUCCCAGUAAAAUAGGGGAGUGUUAUAUAAAAAAUGAUAACGACACUGAUAAUUAUAAAUUGUAAACCCGAGAUACCCCGGCAGACUUCCUAGCUUUCAUUGGCCAAAGGAAUCAGAUUUUCUUGAUGUAAUUAUAACGAAAUGGUAUUAGGUUUCGUUACAUUAAUUUACUUUUAAAUUUAAACAUAUUUUUUGGUAUUUUUUCCUUCUGACUGAUGUGUGUCUGGCCAUCAACUAAAACGUAGCAUGCCUUUGUCUCAUUAUUUCAAGCGUUUCAUACAAUUUAUCUUUUGAAAAACUUUUUUUACUCAAGUCUUGCUAAGUUAAGCAAAUGCCGCACAGAGACCUAGCCGUCCCUUCCUCUCUUGAAUAGGAAGAUGUUUCCAUUUUGUUCUGAAUUUCGAUUCCUUGGUUUCAAAGAUGUCGAGGAGACAGUGAGGAUUGGUCAUUAUUUCAGUGACAUCCAGAUGUAAAGAAUCUUAAAUUUUAAUAGAUUUAGAGUCUCCUCUUGUGAAUAAACUUUUUAUACAAAUAUAUCUUUUAAUUAAUAUUUUACGGCGAGGCACAACGCGCUGACUCUUUUUAGGUGCAUUACCAAUUUGUUGAAUCGACCCAGCAGGAACGCUUAUUUGUAAGAGAACACGAUAUGUCUAAUAAAUUUUAAGUCCGCGCAAUG